AUGAGUGCCCCCCUUUUUCAUGAUUUGUUCAUGCAACCUACGUGCUCGAAGCCAGACAGUCGACUACGGCGGUAUCGAUCAACCGAAAGUGAGACAAAACUUUUUGAGAUGAGCUGUAAUACAUGUUUCCGCGCUCCAGCUUCGCGAACCCGGUUUUUCUGCCCUACCUGUGCCCGUAGUCAGCUGUAUCAGCUCCGGGUUGAGAACGCGAGGGUCCUGCUUGAGAAACAGUCUAUUGCGGAACAUAUCCAAGCUAGAGUGACCCCUGAGACAACCCAAGCGGAAUGGUCAGGUGAAAUCAAAGAAACCGCCAUUGCUUACCAAAAUGGGCUCUCUGCCAAGCGAAGCUUACAGAUGAUCGCCAAGGGAGAAGCUGAGUCGUGUGAAAGGUUGAGGCUACUCGGUGAUCAACUCGAAAACCUGACUGCUGAGAUCAAGGACAAAAGACUUGAAAUUUCCCAACGCAAACUCGCACUAGCACGACGGCACUCGGACUCUGAAUCUGCACAGUAUCAGCUCGGCGAGCGGGAAGCUGCAAUUCUGGCCAACAUCCAGAAUAAUACUAAAAGGACGGAUCAUCUCUGGCAUUCGCUCCAUAGCAAAACUGCAGAGGCCCGAAUAUUCCUCUGCCGAGAAGCUGCCAAUCUUUAUGGGCUACAGCGGAAGACAAGGAGUAAGGAAGGAUUGUCCCAAGAGGUCUACACGAUGGGUGGUGUCACGCCAGCUUAUAUAUCCACCUCCCUCUUCAAUGUUGCUCACCUUCUCGUCCUUGUUUCGCAUUAUCUGUCUCUCAGACUCCCAGCGGAAAUCACUUUACCUCAUAAAGACCAGCCUAUACCCACUAUAUGCGCACCUUCUGCGUCCUAUCUUUCACGAGACCCAAACUCCGUAACAUAUUCGCUACGUCGUCCACCAUCUGUACCGCCUGGAACUAGAACCACUUCGCCUCGCCCUUCCAGACCUCGGCCCCUCUCCAUCGAUAGAGCACUUCCGAAACUGGCUAGGGAAGAUCCUGGAACAUAUGCACUAUUUCUUGAAGGGGUAACAUUGCUGGCAUGGAAUGUGUCGUGGCUAUCUCGAACUCAAGGUAUAAACAUAACAUCAGAGUCCUGGGAAGAAGUUUGUAACGUUGGGAAGAAUUUGUGGCAACUCCUUGUGGCACCACCUGCGCAGCCAUCGACACUAUCAAGAGCCUUUGCUGGACGCGACAUACAGGCGAAGAUGAGGGUAUCAAAGGACUCACCCAGAACUACCAUUCAGCGCACAAUGUCAUUCCCUAUGCUAGGGCAUUACUCGCAUGGGACUGCACAUUCCUUUCUGGGUGCUGUCGAGGGGGCUGAAUUCAUGCGCACAUGGAGACUUCCAACUCCAACAAAGAUCGUGGAUAAGCUGAAAUCAGCUCUGUUGGGUGAAAUGGCCAGUGCAGAAUGGGAGCUGCUGGAAGGCGAUUGGGACGACGCAAGUCAGGAACCGAGGGAAUCAAUGCUUAUUCAACAUCCAUCCACCGAUUCUACCUCACCGGAGCGACAGGGUAAUACUAAUAGCGGGAUUAGCGUAAAUGAUACAGUUGCCGGCGCGAGCAACCUCAGUGGACCUCGUGGACCCACUCGUAUGAAGGGUACCAGUGGCUGGACCAAGCUGAGAAACAGGUAGUAUUGAAUUGAAGAAAUUCUACGAAAUAGACAGAUCCAUUUCCAUUAGCCAACAGCGCCUGC